AUGUCCAACACUGACUCCCUCUCUCUGGCCGGCAAGAUUGCCAUCGUCACAGGCUCCGGCAAAGAGAACGGCAUCGGAGCUGCUAUUGCCCUCGCCCUCGCUCGCAACGGCGCACGUGUGGCCAUCAACUAUGUCUCUGAAGCUACCGCUCCUCGAGCAGCAAAAGUCGCGGCCAGCAUUGAAGCAGUUGCAGGCAAGGACAGCGUUGUGGUGAUUCAACAAGACAUUACCACGCCAGAGGGAACAAAGAAGCUAGUUGCUGAAGCUAUCAAUGCUUUCGGGGUCGAUCGUAUUGAUAUUCUUGUAAACAACGCCGCCUGGGCUGCAAGGGAGCCUGUCUUGACCGCAUCGCAGGAAAGCGUCCAAAAAACUUUUGAUGCCUGUGUUUUGGGCCCGCUGUAUCUCAUUCAGGCUACGGUGCCCCAUAUGCCUCAAGGCGGAAGGGUCAUCAAUGUCGGAAGCGUGGCUUCAAAGCUGGGUAUCGAGCCCGUGUAUGGAGCCGCAAAGGCAGCCAUGGAUGCUCUGACUUAUAGUCUCGCAAGAGAUCUGGGAAGCGAUGGCAAACGCAUUACCAUCAAUACGGUCAUGCCAGGUCCUGUGCUUACCGACUCCUUGCCGCCGACUCCCGAAUUCGAAAUGCUCAAAGACACGCUGUUGAACAUGACUAGGGCUGAGAGGAGAUUUGGGACUGUUGAGGAUAUUGCAGAUUCAGUGCUGCUUCUUGCCAAUGAGAAGAGCCGGUGGAUCACUGGAGAGAGCAUUUCUGUCAGCGGCGGUAUCGUGGGCAACUAG